CAAAAUUAACAUGAACUUUUAAGAAGUCAUCGGUCGACUGAGUUGACGAAUAAGUCAUUUCUAUCAGCCAUUUUUGCUCCUGAGGGCUUUUGGGGUGUAAAUUUGAUUGUCUGGUCUGCAGUCAGGAUGUCACAUUUGUUUUUAAUAAAUGAUGCAGAUAUACUUAUUUUUAAAGCAACGCCUUCAGGUGAAUGUUUUUGUUGUUUUUUUAAUAAGGUUUAUUUUGGUACAAUUCUGUACUUAUUCUGUUCCUUAUAGAAUGACUGAUAUAUAUUCAGGUUUUCAACAACACCUCUUUGAACACAAAACAUCAUCAACCCCAAAUAAUAUCUGGGUAAUGCAAGUAUAAUAAUUAUCGCUUUCUCACUUCACACAUUUCCAAAACGUUCAGUUAAUGAAGAUGAAACAUUUCAAGUCAACUCACAAAUGAAGAUGCCAAACGCAUUUUCCUUCCUUCUGUUUCGCGAGCCGUUGGUCAGUUGUACUGAGUGCCCAUUGGUUCAAUUUAAAUUCGUGUCCGUCCAAUGUUCAAGCAGAUUUGGCGCGCGCUCUUCCAAACCGCACCAAUCAGCGUUGCCUCGCCUGGAUAAAACCUGGAGCUCGUGGACCUUUCAGCAUUCUCACUUGUUGCAAACUAGCGCUCGAGGAAAAUGGCAAGAACGAAGCAAACAGCUCGUAAAUCCACCGGCGGUAAGGCACCGAGGAAGCAACUGGCUACCAAAGCUGCCCGCAAGAGCGCCCCGGCCACCGGCGGUGUGAAGAAACCUCAUCGUUAUAGGCCCGGUACUGUGGCCCUUCGCGAGAUCCGUCGUUACCAGAAGUCCACCGAGCUGCUCAUCCGCAAGCUGCCCUUCCAGCGAUUGGUCAGGGAGAUUGCUCAGGACUUCAAGACCGACCUGCGCUUCCAGAGCUCAGCCGUCAUGGCUUUGCAGGAGGCCAGUGAGGCUUACCUCGUCGGUCUAUUCGAGGACACCAAUCUGUGCGCUAUCCACGCCAAGAGGGUUACCAUCAUGCCCAAAGACAUCCAGCUGGCUCGUCGCAUCCGUGGCGAGAGGGCGUAAGCUUUCUUGACACAACCCCAACGGCUCUUUUAAGGGCCAUCACACUUGCAACUAAGAGUCACGUCCGGACUACGUUACAUGACGGCAGUUAGUGCUUGUACGUGCAAAUAACCAAAAUGA